AAACCUGUAUGUAACAUAAAUCUUAAUUCCCCUCAUCAACAAACAUUGAUGGUGACAUAAUCUUAAUUUCUCUCAAAAAAACAAUCCCUGGUUAGUAAUUUAAAUUAGACUUCUUCACUUCUAAACUCAAAUCAGAUAAACCCCUCCAAAAGAUCAGUGCUUAAUUGAUUCCCACUAUCACACCAAGCUUAAAUCUUUACUAAUUGCAGAGAAAAAGCAGCAAGAUUGCAAGAAUUGUGAAAAAAAAUUGUGGUUUUUGGGGCCAAAUUUGAGGUGGGUUUUCUGUAAUGCAAGCAUUUUAGUCCAAAAUUAACUAUACCCACUAUUUUUCUCCCAUUUUUUUCUUCAAAAAAUACCCAAAAAUUUACUUUAGCAAUUUUAAUAGGAAAAAAAGGGGAUGAGUAUAGUGCAAAAAGAGACGAUUGAAGUGAUUGCUCAAAGUAUUGGCAUCAAUAAUUUAUCCCCAGAUGUUGCGCUUGCUCUUGCUCCUGAUGUUGAAUAUCGUGUUCGAGAGAUCAUGCAGGAGGCAAUUAAAUGCAUGCGACACUCCAAGCGCACAAUUUUAACAGCAGAUGAUGUCGAUGCUGCUCUCAAUCUGAGGAAUGUUGAGCCGAUCUAUGGUUUUGCAUCCAAUGAUCCUUUGCGUUUUAAGAGAGCUGGUGGAAAUAAAGAUUUGUUCUAUGUUAAUGACCAUGGUCUUGAUUUGAAAGAUGUUACUGAAGCACCUAUGCCAAGAGCGCCCCUGGAUACCUCUGUUUCUGUGCAUUGGCUGGCUAUAGAAGGGGUACAGCCUGCUAUUCCUGAAAAUCCUUCAGUUGAAGCUAUUGCAGCUUCAUCUGAUGGCAUUAAAUUAGAGUAUAAAGAAGAAGGACUCCCUAUUGACGUUAAGCUUCCAGUCAAACAAGUUUUAUCUAGAGAGCUUCAGCUUUAUUUUGACAAAGUUAUUGAGCUUAGUACACGCAAAUUCGAUACAAUCCUCUUCAAAGAUACUUUGCGGAGCUUGGCAACUAAUUCAGGACUUCAUCCUCUGGUACCCUACUUUACAUGCUUCAUUGCUGAGGAGGUUUCUCGGAAUUUGAAUAAAUUAAGUCUCCUAUUUGGAUUGAUGCGUAUUGUUUGGAGCCUUCUCCAAAACCCACAUAUACAUGUAGAACCUUAUUUGCACCAACUGAUGCCUUCUGUCAUUACCUGUCUGGUAGCAAAGAGGCUAGGAAACAGAUACUCUGACAAUCAUUGGGAGCUGAGAAAUCUUAGUGCAAACCUUGUUGCCAGAAUAUGUCAAAGAUUCGGACAUGUUUAUCAUAACCUUCAGCCUCGAGUCACCAGGACACUGCUCCAUGCUUUUUUGGACCCAAAAAAAGCAUUGCCUCAACAUUAUGGUGCAAUUAAAGGGCUUGCUGCUCUUGGACCCAGUGUGGUUCGUCUGCUCAUACUACCAAAUCUGGAGCCAUAUAUGCAGCUUUUGGGGCCAGAAAUGCAAUUGGAUGGGCAGAAGAAUGAGGUCAAAAGGCAAGAAGCUUGGCGGGUUUAUGGGGCCUUAUUGUUUGCUUCUGGCAAGUGCAUGCAUGAUCAGCUGAAGAAAUUUCCAAGUCUACCCCUUCCGCUGGCAAGACCUAUCUCAAAGUCCAAUAAGAAGAUUGUGACCGUGCUAUCCAACAAGCGAAAAGCUAGCAUGGACAACAUGCUACAACAGCCCCCGCUGAAGAAAAUAUCGACUGAUGGUGCUAUGGGAGUGGUGGCAGUGAACUCCAUGCAAGGAGGAUUCGCUGCUGCUGUUGGGGGAUCUGAUGCUGGCCUUUCAGCAAUUACCCAGCAAAUGCAAAAUGAGAAUGUCUCAGGAAGCAGCAGUGGUAGAAAGGAGAAAUUAGAUGUUCAAGCUCAAAAUGCAUCUUCCCUUGCUCUGGCCUGGAAGGAAGAGACGGAUGGCGGACGUUUGUUAUCCCCCCUCUUUGAACAUUUUGGCCUUAGCAUGUUUUCUUUCACUCCAAUUCCUGAACUGUCCUUAUUUUUGUAGUUGCACAAUGCAAGAUUUUGAAGAUUGUAUUUUGAAUAGUGUAAAUUAAUUGAUACCAAAAACCUUGAUACCAA